CGACGACGUCAAUCAGUCCGCUCCGCCGUUCGAAGCUGCGCAUGGCGUCCUUCAACGAGCGGCUCGUCCACGAGGUCAAGAAGCACAAGCAGCUCUGGGACCAGCACUCGAAACUUCACAAGGAGGCCGGCUUCCGGGAGGCCGCCUGGCUGGAUAUCGCCACAGCUUUGGCUGUCAGCGUGGAGGAAUGCCAGACCCGCUGGCGCACCAUCCGUGACACGUACCUGAAGCGCAAGAAGCGACGCCGCUCCGACGCCAAGGGCCAGUGGAACGUGCUAGACCGGGAGCUCUCCUUCCUCGACGAGUUUCUCCGCCCGCGCACAAGGCGCUGUGCACUUCGCCUAUCCGCGAUGCCACCCGUGAAGAGCGAGCUUCCCGAGGGCGACCCCUGCGAGGCCUCUGCGGCCGACGAGGCGAACAACUGGGUGCCGCCGCCUCAGCAGCAUCAGCAGCCGAUGGCCAUCCUGCCGCACAACCCUCAGGGCGCCGCUCUGCAGGAGCGAGCCGGAGACCCCGACGAGCUGUUCUGCCUCAGCCUGGCGGCGCAGCUCAAGCGGCUGCUGCCCAGGGAGCGAAACGUUGCCAAGAUGAAGAUGCUGCGUCUCCUGCACGACCUCGAGUUCGGAGAGCCCGAAGGAGGCGACGCGCACCGCGAGCCGUGAAGGAAGACGACGAACUGUUCUUCUCAUCUCUCGUUUCUCUCAUCACCCAUGCAUGCACUUUGCUUCUUUCUUCUUGUUUUACACCUUUCCCUUGUUUUUAGCAGUAAACCAUGGAGUUUUU